UCAAGCGUCCAUCAAAAUGCCGGACUGGUGGAACGCAAGCAAAACGCCACACUGCGCAUGCGUCGGUGGCCAUUUUGGACUAUUUCAAGUGUAGAUGCAAGGAAAGGCUUGAAAAAAAAAGUUAGCAAGACGACGAGAUUGUUGCGGCGUUUGUUCUACUUUAUCACAAUGUUCCGCGUAAGAGAGUAGACAUCGUUAAUUACUGCUGGGACAAACUUGUCUCCGCUUCACUUUAAAGCUUCUCAUCUAGCUCAGCUCGUUAGCUGCUAACAAAGAGACGUGGAAGUUAGCAACACGUCGCUAAGCCAGAGAAAAAGGGCGAGUAAGUGCGUGAAAAUGUGCGAAAAAACGAUAGCAGAGUACGAGGAGGAACUUUCUCCAAAAAAAGAUGACAACGAGCAACAAUGUCAACGACUGGACGCUGACUCCCAGAAGCACCAAGUUGUGUUACACAGAGCAGACGUCCGUGAAUGUCUUUCCCCUGAGCAGCAGGCGUGGAGUUCAAGGUUGGAGCAGGAAGAGCAACAGCCCCCUUACAUUAAAAUGGAAGAGAAGGGGCCGCAGCCCACCAAUAUUAAAGAGGAAGAAGGAGAGCCACAGCCCCGCUACAUUAAAGAGGAGCAGAAGAAGCCACAGCCUCCCCACGUGAAAGAGGAGGAGGAGGAGGAGGAGGAGGAGGAGGAGGAGCCACAGCCCCUGCAUAUUAAAGAGGAAGUAGAGGAGCACAGCAUCAGUGGGGAGGAAUUCCCUGUGAUUGGUAUCAUUGUGAUGAGUGAAGACAUAGGUGAAAGUGAGGAGGAGAGGGAGGUGGAGCUUCCAAGCAGCAGCUCAACUCGAAACAUAAGAGAAGCUGAUGGAGACCACUGCGGAGCAUCACCAGCAGACAACCUCCUAGCUCCACUAUCAGAUAGUGACGACACAACGUCACACUCUCCUGACACUGAUGAUGAAGACUCUAAAGCUGAUAUGACAUGUCACACUGACAACACACACUUUAAAUGCUCUCACUGUGGCAAAACUUUUGGCAAGAAGGGAAAUCUGAAAAGACACAUGAGAAGUCACACGGGCAUCAAAGACUUUAAAUGCGGUAAGUGUGGGAAUUUGUUUGGUGACAAUUCAACUCUGAAAAGACACAUGAGAAAGCACACAGGUGAGAAACCAUUCAUGUGCUCAGUUUGUGGUAAAAGAUUCUCCCAGAAGGUACAUUUGACAGCACACGCAAGAACGCACACUGUUGAGAAACCCUUCGCCUGCUCUGUUUGCUCCGUUUGCGGUAAAGGCUUUUUUCAGAAGUCACAUUUGAAAGAACACAUAAGAAUACACACUGGAGAAAAACCCUUCGCCUGCACUGUGUGUUGCCAAGCGUUCUCUCUCAAGUCGUCUUUGAUAAGGCACACAAGAACACACACUGGUGAGAAGCCUUUUGCCUGCUUGGUGUGUGGCAAAAAAUUCACUCAUCGGUCAACUUGGAUGAGACACACACAAACACACACGGGAGAAAAACCAUACACCUGCACAAUCUGCCAUAAAAGUUUCUCUCAAAAUGUAUAUUUGAUAGAGCACAAAAGAACACACACAGGUGAGAAACCAUUUCCAUGCUCUGUCUGCCAUACAUACUUUCGUGCUCGUUCAGGAUUGAGGAAACAUUUAAAAACGCACGCCGGCGACAGUGUUCAGUACAAUAAUACUAAUGAUGCUGACCCCUGAAGGUACAUUCAAUCUUCAUUCUUGUGUACCGAUUGUAUCACGUGCAUUACAUCACAUGUGCAUGUCGUGAAUUGAAACUGGGGGGUGAAGUAUGAACCGACUUUCGUCUCCACGUAGUUUCUGUCUUAAACUAUAUAAGUGCAUAACAUAAACUGCAUCAUGACAUAUUUUGCAAAUGAAUAAAUCCUUGCCAUUCAUGUCAUUACCUUGUUUUUCUUAUAGAGCUGUGUAGGUAACCAAGAUAUUGUACCAUGUGACCACGGCACAGUAAUAAUAAUGGAUUAGAUUUUAUACCGCUUUUCAAGGCACUCAAAGCGCUUCACAAUGAAGUGAACCCAUUAUUCAUUCACUCCUCAGUCACACACUGGUGGUGGUAAUUAACAUCAGUAUUCACAGCUGCCCUGGGGUAGUACAGCAUUGUGGGCAGCACUGGAGGCAAGGUGGGUGAAGUGUCUUGCCCAGGGGCACAACGACGGGGAGCAAGAAUCAAACCGCAAACUGCUGUCCAGACGAAACAGAUAA